CGCAAUGGGCCACACUAAAGACUGCAGCUUAACUCUCUCGCACACAUAACAACAGUCUGCACACGCGGAGAUAAAGACACAGGCAACAACAGUAACAUCAAACCUCUCCUUUACCGAGCGGUCAUCUCGUAAAGAUCCAUUACACGCACUCGUCAAACUUUUAUGCCCGUCUCAUCUGUACAUGGAAUCCGAAGAGUUGGAGCAGAAAAAGGAAAGAUCAUACAUUCUAACCUAAAUGACGCUUUAAUCCGGAGAAGGGAAUUUGGACAGCGACUCGGGGUGACCGCACAGCCGACAGUGUAUGUGGUGUCGAGAGGAAAGAGAGAGGACCUGACCCAUACCGUCCAGUGUGUGCUUUUUCUCUCUUUUCUUUCUUUUCCGGUGAAAGGGAAGACUCGAAGACGUUUGCCGUCAUUUGACACAACGUACGGACUGCCCGAAGGCAACCCGGUGCUCCGUUCCUGUAAAACUUUUCCAACAAUUCGAAGGAGUUUAUUGUUAUUCUAACGGACUUCAGGAGCCUAUACGAACAUUAAGCGGGGCCGGCAAUACAAUAACUGAACUGCUGAACAGUUUUUUUUUUCUUUGCUGUUUACGUAUUCAGAAAAAAACAAAAAAACACUUGCCUUCAAAAACGCUGACUUUACCCACCGUUUCACCGGGAAUGAAAUCCACCCGCCAGGAACUCUUGUAGCCUAAUAAAGGACGACGUAAAUGCACGUGAAAUGUAGGAAAUAACCUAAAAGGACGACUUAGUAAACAAUUUUGUAGAAAUAAAACUAGGAGGACCCUCAUAGUCCCCGAACCAGAGAAUGAGAGAACAUUCAUGGGACAGUCGUCAAUAGAAACCAGAGAACGCGAGACAAUGAAUGGAAAAAUAUGAACUCAUUUGAUAAAGUCUGUAUUAGUCCGUCAUUAUCAACGUAGCAUUUAAAGCCAGUGGAACAUACAACAACGAUGACUGAAGUGUGGGACAGAAAAGACCAAACAAGCUCGCGAUGAAUCUCGAACUUAAGAGGCAAAACUCCACAAAAAAGGAAAACAGUCUGACCUUCCACAAGUGAAGACCCCCUAAGUGUAGGGCGUAAUACACGGUGUAUUCGUUGUCGGAGGAGGUGGACAGCGAGCAGGGAGACAGAUAGUUUUGAGAGCGAAACAGCUAAUUGCUGAGUCCGUCCCUCAUUUCCAUAUCUAGUGCGUGUCCGCUGGAUUUCAGCCAAUCCCCCUCACACAGCACCAUUAAUCGCAAUGCAUUAUUCACUAUCAUAAUUAUAUACCGACAUGCGCAAUCCACACAACAGCAACACCAGCUAAUUUCCGUAAUUUUGCAACUCGACUAUUUGUGAACAUUUUUUUAUUCGCUCGCUGCUGAUGUAUCUGCAAAAAGCAGAAACAAGUCUCAGCGUACCAGCAGCAUGUCCCGCCGCAAGCAAGCAAAGCCACAGCAUCUCAAAUCGGACGAGGAACCGACACUAGCAGGGGUAGUUUCAGAAAAUGCAGCUCCGGGGGAAGGAGUGGACGAUGCAGACAGUGGGAACGAGAGCCGGAGCGGGAGUGAAGAGACCCACGUGUGCGAGAAGUGCUGCGCCGAGUUCUUCAAGUGGUCUGACUUCUGCGAGCACCUGAAGAGCUGCACCAAGAACCCCCUGGUUCUGAUCGUGAAUGAGGACGAGGCGACGCCCGACACGCAGGAGUACCCUGCCGAGCUGUCCCCGGCUCCCAGCUGCCCGAGCGACCCGGCCGAGAGCGAGGACGCCGACGACAGCCGAACGGCCACCGAGGGCGACGAUGGGUGCGCGGAGCUAGCGCUCCAGGGCGUGGCCGAGAAGGAGGACGAGCCCAUGGAGGUGGAAGAGUCCCCCGAGAAGACGGUCGAGCCGGAGGAACCGGAGGCCUCGUCCCCGCCGGACGUUCCCCUACCUCAGAUCGACGCCCCAUCCUCUCUGACCAGCUACGCCAUGCCAAACACUAACGUGACCCUCGAGACCCUCCACAGCACCAGGGUGGCCGUGGCCCAGUUCUCUCAGAGCUUCCGGGCAGUGACCGGCGGGGUGCCCACUGUGGCCAUCCCCAUGAUUCUGGAUCAGCUGAUGGCACUGCAGCAGCAGCAGAUACACCAGCUUCAGCUCAUUGAGCAAAUCCGCAGUCAGGUCGCUAUGAUGAACAGGCAGCCCCUGCAGGCUGCCUUGGCCUCCUCCUCCACCUCCUCCGCUGGCCCCCAGGGCCCCUCCUCAGUCCCCACCCCAAGCCAGCUCCAGCUGCAGGGCUUCAUCACACCCCCUGUCCACCAGCUGCCCAUUAGGAUGCCCCCUUCGGUUAACGGGCAAACCUCUGUUUCACUAACGUCUGCCCUGGAGGGCCCACAGUCCCGAGUCUCGCAGGCCAGCAACGGGCAGUCCAACCCAGGGAUAAACAACAGCACUUCGGUCUCGGUCGGAUCCAGCCUCCCUCCUUCUGGCUGUGGCACAAUCUCCUCUUCUCUGCUGCCCCCCUGCUCUCUCGCAAGUACGCACACAAACGGUGGGGGAAGUGCAACUGGCAGCUCCUCCUCCUCCCAACCGCGCCACUCAUCGAGCCCCCCCUCGCUGGGGCACAGCAGCCUCCUCAGCUCAUCUUCCAACUUGCCACUGCUACCUCAGAGCUCCUCCAGUAGCGUCAUCUUCCCUAACCCACUGGCCAGCAUCGCUGCCACCGCCAACGCCCUGGACCCGCUCUCCGCUCUGAUGAAGCACCGCAAGGGGAAGCCGCCCAAUGUCUCGGUGUUUGACACCAAGCCCAGCUCUGAGGACCCCUUCUUCAAGCAUAAGUGCAGGUUCUGCGCUAAGGUGUUCGGCAGCGACAGUGCCCUGCAGAUCCAUCUGCGCUCUCACACCGGGGAGAGACCCUUCAAAUGCAACAUCUGUGGUAAUCGCUUCUCCACCAAGGGAAACCUGAAGGUUCACUUUCAGAGGCACAAAGAGAAGUACCCCCACAUUCAGAUGAACCCUUACCCGGUACCAGAAUACCUCGACAAUGUGCCCACAAGCUCUGGCAUCCCGUAUGGGAUGUCUUUGCCACCUGAGAAGCCUGUGACCACCUGGCUGGACAGCAAGCCUGUAUUGCCGACCGUCCCCACCUCAGUGGGCCUCCAGCUCCCCCCCACUUUGCCCAGCAUGGGGGGCUACAGUGAUUCUCCAAGCCUCACACCCUUAAGCAGGUCACCACAGAGACGCUCCCCCGAUUCAAGCGAAUGCACGUCCUUGUCUCCCAACCUCAUCAAUGCUGAGACUAGUCUGUCUGCAGCUUUGGAGUCUCCGCAGCCUAACCUCAUUCCAGAUGGGCCCCCUGUCCUGAAACCAGAGGGGAUUCACCUGCCCCCCACCUGCACGACUAGGCUGGGAGAGAGCACUGCCACAGUGACUCAAGUCACCCUGUCGGCUACCGUCACAACCACGACUACAACCUCACAGGUUGCCGAACCCAUCACCCCGCCCUCCUCAGUCUCCAACCCUGUACUUCCAAUGAUUUCUGAUCAGUUCAAGGCUAAGUUUCCUUUCGGGGGCCUCCUUGACUCUAUGCAAACUUCAGAGACUUCGAAGUUGCAGCAGCUGGUGGAGAACAUCGACAAAAAAAUGACCGACCCCAACCAGUGCGUCAUCUGCCAUCGCGUGCUCAGCUGUCAGAGUGCCCUGAAGAUGCACUACCGCAUCCACACAGGGGAGAGGCCCUUCAAAUGCAAGAUAUGCGGCCGGGCGUUCACCACUAAAGGCAACCUGAAAACACAUUUUGGUGUGCACAGGUCCAAGCCCCCUCUACGGGUCCAGCACUCAUGCCCCAUCUGUCAGAAAAAGUUCACCAAUGCCGUGGUCCUGCAGCAGCACAUCCGCAUGCACAUGGGAGGUCAGAUCCCCAACACUCCUUUGCCUGAGGGCUUCCAGGACAUGGACACUGAACUUUUUGACGAAAAGAGCUUAGAUGAUAUGAGCAGCUAUGAUGACGAUCUGCUGGAUGAAAUGGAGCAGUCCAUGGAGGACGAGGCAGAGUUCAAGGAUGGAGACUUCGACCCCUCCAAACCCCUCCUCCCUUACUCCUGCAUGUCUCCGAACUCCCCGCCCUCUGUAAUCUCCAGUAUUGCUGCCCUGGAAAACCAAAUGAAGAUGAUUGACUCCACCGUGAACAUGACCCACUGUUUUGGUGGGCUCAAGUCAGCGACAGAGAACGGUUUCAUGGAGAAUGAUCGCCUGACAAAUGACUCUUCCUCAGCAGUGGGUGACCUGGAGAGCCAGAGCCCUGGGAGCCCUGCAAUGUCUGAGUCCUCUUGCUCCAUGCAGGCCCUGUCUCCUGCCCCUAGCCACGCUGAGAGUCUUCGCUCCAAGUCGCCAGGUGCCAACAUCCCUGACGGGACUCAGGAGACACCUGCCACUGUCAAGUCGGAGAAAUCAGAGACUCCCUCACCCGCCCCUGUGCCUGAAAAUGGAGGGGCACUUGAUCUAACUGCUACCCCACCCGGCAGACCCUUCAUCAAGGAGGAGAGUCCGUUUGGAAUGCUGUUUCUGAGCAGAGAUCGUGGCCCAAGCCAAAGCACUCCGAGUCUUGUUACCACCGCACCCAGCAUGAUCAAAAUUGAGAUGAACGGGCACAGCAAGCCGGUCCCCAUAAGCGAAGGCCAACAUCUGCCGGUUGGCAUCCAGGUUUCCGUGGCACCCCAGACAACAAUGAGCCCCAGCAUCACGCCCAUGCUGGCGCCGCCACCUCCCCGCCGGACCCCCAAGCAACACAACUGCCACUCGUGCGGGAAGAACUUCUCCUCCGCCAGUGCCCUGCAGAUUCACGAACGCACGCAUACUGGUGAAAAGCCUUUCGGCUGCACAAUCUGCGGUCGAGCGUUUACCACAAAAGGAAACUUGAAGGUUCAUAUGGGUACUCACAUGUGGAACAAUGCCCCUGCCAGGAGGGGGCGCCGCCUGUCAGUGGAGAACCCCAUGGCUCUGCUGGGCGGCGAUGCCAUGAAAUUCGGCGAGAUGUUCCAGAAGGACUUGGCAGCACGGGCCAUGAAUGUGGACCCCAGCUUCUGGAACCAGUACGCCGCAGCCAUCACCAACGGCCUGGCCAUGAAGAACAACGAGAUCUCUGUCAUCCAGAACGGUGGCAUUCCCCAGCUUCCUGUCAGCCUGGGUGGGGGCGCCAUCCCCUCGCUGGGGAGCCUCUCCGGCGGCAUGGACCGGGCGCACACCGGCAACAGCCCCCCCAUGAUCGGCCUGGAAAAAUCCGGGAUGGAGGUGGGACCCGGCCGCCCAUUUUCUAGAUUUAUCGAGGACAACAAAGAGAUCGGGAUCAAUUAAUAAAGCAAAGGAGGGUAAGGAGAAAGGAAAGGAAACAAAAGAACAAAAACAAGACUGCUUUAAGAUGCAGAAGGCAACCGUUUCAACUCUAUGUACUAUAUUAUGUACAGACUAUGUUUUUUCGGUUUUUGGAACUAUAGUAUUCGGUAUUUGGUAGAGAUUGGUCUAUCCUGCUCAUUGCUCCUUGCUGUCUUUCUCAUGCAAAGAAUACAUUGUUUCUUGUUUGAGAAUCUGUUGUCUUGCAAGAUUUGCAUGGUACUUCUUUGGUUCCUAUCAGUAUGUUUGACUGCAUUUGAGGAUUUUGUUUUACCCUAAAUAUCUUUACGCAUUUGAUGAACUAGCCUCUAAUUUGUUAGGCUGAAAUGAUGAAAGAGGUCUGGGUUUUCACUGCGCAGAGUGACUGGCCUUUGUCUAGUUCCUUUGUGGUUCAUGGAUGCUUUUUACAUAAGGACCUUGAACUUAUGAGGUUAAAGUACAUUGUUUUAGUGCUCGCCUAAUAUUUUUUCUCAUGAAGUAGAAAACUUGAAAACUGUUUAAACUAUUUUAAUCUUUACAUUUAGUCCCCCGACAUUGUCUUAUAUUAAUGUCAAGUGUCUUUAGUAUUUAUAAUAUUGAAAAAAGCGGGUAUAAGAAAAUAUAUUUAAUAGCCCCAACAUUUUAUUGAUCUUUUUUUUUUUCUUAACUGCAGACUUAAAAUAUAAAUGUCUCUUUCAAUAAAGACAAAAAUGUCAUUUCAUCUGAAAAAAGGGAACAUUGUGAAGUCUUAUUUGGAAAUCUGGCAUGAUCGUGUGUACCACCAUGGUACAAGUAGAAUUUGAGGUAUUGUAAGCUGCUAUUUUGACAUUUGUGGUAUCACUAGGCAACAUUUGUAAAAUUGUCUGAAAGAAUAUUUUCUAAUAAUUACAGACAAAUCUUAAAUGACCAUCUGUGUAUACCUUGUGGUACAUUUAUGUCUAAAAUGAAAGACAUCCUAUUCAUUGUUUUUGUGUAUGCACUUUUUAAGCAAAAGGUUUGUCUGUAAUUUCUAACCUGUGACCAAGCUAUCACAUGUCAUUUUAAUCUCUGCGAUUUGUGCUUUUGCCAAGUCAUAGCUUCUUCCCCUACAUCUUCAAGACAGUUUUUGAUAUAGUAUCAUUAACGAAAGGAAAAUGUUGCUUAUUUGCAAUUAUUUUUACCCUCGUUUGAUUCUUAAGCCUAAAUGUGGUUGUCCAGCUUUUUGACAGAGCACUUUUAAUGCAGACCAGAUCUUGCAUUUUCCCUAAUGAGAUGACAAGGAAUUUGUAAAAAUGAAAAAUUCACAGGGGCAUCAUAAAAGAUACAUGUUCAAAGAAUAAAAAAACCCUGUAUAAUCAUUAUAUAUCACACUUCAAAUUAUUUUGACCACUUUAAAACUUUGACUGAUUCGAUAGCAAUGCUUUCAUCAAUUAUAUAUUAUUUUUGGGUAGCAUAAGCAUAGAAAUAGCCGGAAAUCUCACAUUGUUGGCUUUCCCUCCACUCCCAAGUAAAAGACUGAAUUACUUAAAACUUUAACUAACCGUGUAUGAUUUUGUAUACUACCUCAUUUUUUUGUUGUUUUGGGUCAGCAUACAGCAUGGUGGAAUUGAAGAAUAAGGAAAACUUCCUCAUGUAACCAACUGUACGAGUAAACCGUGAUAUUGUAACAUCAAAGCUCGGGGGGUGACCCCUUUUCCCCCUUUAAUGAAAAACAGGACACAAACCCCCAACAACCUUUUUUUCUGACUCUGGGAUGGGACGAGUAAUCUCAUUUGAGGACAAUCACAUGUAAGAAUUGCUCCGGUUUAAGGAGAUGUCCUGCUGUCUUGUGAUUUACUAAUUUAAAAAAAAAGAAAAACACAGCAGCAACAACUAAACGAUGACACAAUUUUUGAAUAUUUCUGCAGUAUGUUUACUUUUACCAGAAAAAAGUGAGGAAUCAGCACAUAAGCAAUGAUUCUUUGUGUGUCAUGUGAAAUCUUAUUGCCGUUACUGGGAUGAGAAAAUGUACACAGGAUGUGACUGACACAAAAACGUUGGAUGGCAAAAUAAUGCUGUAUUGAAUCUGAUGGAUGACUGAUUGUUGAAAGUACAGCUCAGACCGGGACCCAUUUUGUUUUAAGAAGCGGGGGUGGGGGUUCUGAAUGUUCCUCCCAGCAUGGUGAAAAGAGACUAUUUUUAUACUGUGAUACCAUGAGGAGUAGGAGGCCUCCUCUACCCCUGAACUGCUUGGGAAUUGAAAUUCAGAUACAAUAUUUUUAAUUGGUAUAAACCUUCGUGGCUUGACACAUCUACUGAGUGAAAUGGAUGUCGUAGUCUAGGUUACUAUUUUUGUCAUGUGAAAUUGAAUAAAAUCCAGGAAGCUAAUAUUACACUAGAGGUUUCUGGACUUUUUGAAUAGGCUUUGUUUGGGCUGCAACAUUUUAAGAGCUGCUUAUGUGGCAAAGUACAAUCCUGUUCCCAAAAUUUUCCACUUGUGUUUCUGGUUCUGGUACACAAUGUGCAAAGCUGUUGUCCUGUUGUACACGUAUGAGGAUUCGAUAUGGACAAACAUGCUGGCACUUCAAGCAGGCAGAAUUAGUAUGCUGCCCUGGCAGUUAUAUCAGUCAUUAAAGUUUCUGUUGAUGCGUCUUUCUCUUUGUCAA